AUGUUUUUCAAGUCUCUAGACCUGACAACUGCGUUGAGACCCUUGCUGUUACCUGACGAGACUCUUCUCUUUGUCCAGGAUGCGGUGGGGCUUUAUGAAGGGAAGUACAAAAUCCCCGAUUAUCAAGAUGGUCAUGCCUACUUGACAUCGCAUCGGGUAUGCUAUAUCGCGACAAAUGAUCCGCGUAAAUAUUCCGCGGCGAUUGAUCUAAAGGAAAUUGACCGUGCAGAAUAUCAGGCAAGCUUUUUAAAAUCAUCACCGAAGAUUACCAUACACCCGAAACCACAAAAGAACAAGACCGAUAAGGCGCGCAGUGCAACGUCUAGUCCUGCUGUGCCUCCACCAUCGUCCCUCUAUCCAUCCUCAAGCAAGCCGCUUUCUCCUCUUCCAUCUUCGAUCCUGCCCCAUAAAUCACCUUCAACUCCUCUGAACUCGACAUGGAUCUGUCCUAUAUGCUCCUUUUCAAACCCUGUGCCUUCGAAUUUCGACCCUGCCACUGCAAGUGCGACAACCCAUUUGCCACCGUGCUUGGCCUGCGGCAUCAAGCCCCCUUUUACAACUGUUCUUAAGGCUGCAAUAAAUGCUGCAGCUAGUCGAGACCCCCCUCUUCCCCGACCAAGCUCCGUGCCUAUUGGGGAUAAUACAAAUCAUAGUACUGAUCGUCAAUCAGUGGCUGUCGCAUCAAACUCCGUAUCAUGCCCUCGGUGUACCUUUGUGAAUCAUCCAUCCCUCAUAGAAUGUGAAAUUUGCGGAUCGCCAUUGUUAGCUGCAGCAUCAUUAAUUCGGAUUGGUGAUCGUCGUGCAGAUUCCCCGGCCCCAUUUUUUGAACAGUCGCGAAUUCCCAACACCGAAGUGCGCGAGAGUAUCAAGCUCUCUUUUCGUGGAGGUGGUGAGAAAACGUUUCAUGAGAGAUUAAAGAAUGCUCUAAUCCAGCGAAAAUGGCUGCUUCAAAACGCACCUCCGGUGCCACCUCCAUCACAGAGCACACCCACUGCACCCGCAACUACGGUGCUGGAGAGUCCUCAACCAGCAACUCCACGAGUAAAUGCUGUGGGAAUCGCAGGUCUGGAGCAACGAGGGCUGGAAGCACGUAUGAACAAUCAACUAGUCAUCGGCAAUGCAUUCGAGGACCUGGAAGCAUUGAUGGCUUCGGCCAAGCAAAUUGUCGCACUUGCUGAAACCCUGGCACGAGAGUCCGGGAUGUCCUCGAAUGAGGGCUCCGCUGAGACUAAUGCAGUCUUAUCCGAAUCUGCAGCGGCCUUGGGGAUGGUCACCACCAAAGACAUGCUCAGCUCCGGGUCAGAGAAUCUUUAUUUAUCAGAAUUGGCACGCAAUCUUGCAGAAUAUCUGACUGAUGAUCGGAAAGGGAUUUUACAACGAGAAGGAGGUAUUAUGAGUCUUAUCGAUCUAUGGGCAGUCUUCAACCGAUCCCGAAAUGGAGUUGAACUCAUCAGCCCGUCCGAUUUUCAACGUGCGGCAGAACUGUGGGAGAAACUGAAAUUACCGGUUCGCCUACGACGCUUUAAGAGUGGACUCUUAGUGGUUCAACAAUACGACUGGAGCGACGAAAAGACAGUGCGUCAAAUACGAGAGUGGAUGGAGGAUCUACGGCGCGUCCCGCCGGAAGAAUCGGUCCCAUGGGACUGGACGGUAUUUGGUCAAGCCGUUACUGCACAAGAAACAGCACAACGUUUCAAGUGGAGUGUCGGUGUGGCCGCUGAAGAGCUUGAGAUGGCAGAGGACCGUGGAGCCCUUUGCCGUGAAGAGGGAGUUGAAGGACUACGUUUCUGGAUAAACGGUCUUGAUAUUUCCACUCUUUCUUCCACUUAG